AUGGCAUCUUCAUCAUCUUCUCCUCCAGUCGUGGCCUUUUCUUCUCGAUUAUGGAAGUACCAUGUUUUUCUUAGCUUUAGAGGCGAAGAUACUCGUAAGACUUUUGUAGAUCAUCUCUACACAGCUCUUGUACAACAAGGGAUCCACACUUACAAGGAUGAUGAAACACUUCCUCGGGGAGAAACAAUCGCCCCAUCCCUUAUGAAGGCUAUCGAAGAAUCACAGAUAGCUGUUAUUGUAUUCUCUAAAAAUUAUGCAAAUUCUUCAUGGUGCUUAGAUGAACUUGCAUAUAUUAUGAAAUGCAAGGAUACGAAAGGCCAAACCGUGAUGCCUACAUUUUAUGACGUGCAGCCCUCUGCAGUGCGAAAACAAAAACAGAAAUAUGGAGAAGCAUUUUCCAAACAUGAGUUGGAGAACAACAAGAAGGUUGAAUCUUGGAGAAAAGCACUUGUGGAUGCAAGUAACAUUUCUGGAUGGGAAGUCAAGCUCAUGGCCAAUGGGUAA